GAACGACGCCGGCGGACUCUCUGGUGCUCGUCCGUUCGCCCGCGCACCCGGUUGGGCCGGUCCGUCACUCCGGCGUUCGGACAUUCGCCUCUAGAAUCGAUAAAAGUUUACAGAAAAAAAAAACAAAAACAAAAUUCAAUAAUAGUUUUACUGUACAAGCGUCUACGAAAUAAUUAUUAAAACGUAACGCGACGACAGAAAAUAGGCGUUACAUAAUGGGUAAUAACGCUAAUGCUGUUGUUACAAUGCUCCCAGUGUUAAAUGUCUCGAUUUUAUCGCGGACUUUUACGGGAAAAUAUCGCGAAAUGUGACAUCGCCGCCCGACUCCCCGAUCCCCGUCGUCGCGGACUCCUCGUGCGCCGGUGCGACAGCGACCGGACUGCCUAUCAUUGUUAUUCAUUUCGUUGACGGCCGACAGUUUGGCGACGUACACCGCCGCCGUCGACGACGACGCCGCGUGUCCUGCAGACGUCUCCGUUCGGUUUUCGCCUCGCCGACUCGCCCGUGUCUCGUGCCGUAAUAAUAGGUAUGAAUGUAUAGCUGCAGUGUGUUGCGCGCUAUAGAAACCGAUCGGCCCAACUGUUUCGCCGUCCCCCGCGGCCGUAAACCGGUCGACAUGAGCGAAUUAAUCGAAUACCGGCACGUGAAGAAAGAAUUCGUUUACGACGGCGACGAUGCCGGCGAUCCGAACACGACGACGACGCCGCCGCCGCCGGUACCGGCACAGCCUGCUGGUCGCGAAUCACCGGCCCACGACUACGGCGAUACCGCCAAUUAUUGCGAUUCCGUGAUAACCGAGCUCGACGACGACUCUCCGGAUUUCCCGUGGCCCGUCUACAAGAAAUAUUUCAGAGUUCUCAAGAUCGAAGACAAAGUGUGCUACAAAAAACUGAAAGUCAAAUGUCUGAUAUGUGUCGGCACAAAAGAACUCACCAUGGACACCAGAUCAAAUUCCAAUUUGAGAAAACAUUUAUCGGUAAUUAUUAUCAGUAAUUAUGUAGGAUACCUUCCCUAUAAUUUAUUUUUCAAAUAAUGAAACCCAAUUUGUUGUUUUUAGAUUUACCUACCUACUACCCUUAAGUAGGAACCGAUUUGAUUACCGUGAUAUUUUACUUUGCAGAGCAAACAUCCGGUAAUUCUUAGAAAUAUCGACCAUCAAUCCGAUCGAAAAAGUUCUAAACGAGUGUCGAUUGAAAUCAAUGUUAGAUCAUCGGCUAAAAAAAUGAAAACUAAUUCAAGUGGAGCUAAUGAUGGACAACAUUUUUUAGAUUUUAUUGAUCAAAAUAUAUCGACAGAUCAAAGUAAGUAUUAGUAUAUCAACUUACUAAUAAGUACUAGGUACUUAAUCCUCAGGUUAUAAAUGUAAAUUUAAAAUAGGUAAUAUGACAUAGGUAUCUAAGUAGGUACUUACAUACCAAAUAAAUAAUAAAUCAUUUUAAGAGUAUGUAAUUUUGUUUUGUUUUAGUGAAUAAUUACUUGCUAAUAAUAACUAUAGUAAAUAAAAUAUAAAUAAAUAAAUAAAUAAAUAAAUUAAUGAAUGCCUGGAGUAUUAUGAUAAUUGUAUUAUACGACUGGUUUCGAAUUAAAAAUUCAUCAUCAGGUAUAUCACAGUCAAAAUGUAAAACACGACUGAAUAUAAAAAAACUAAUUGAAUACAUACAGAAAAAAAAAAAUUAUACAAAUUGGUCGUUUUACAUUGAAAUAAUUUAUUUAUGAGUAUUAACCAUUUUAAUAAUUUUGUUUUUGCUUUAUUAUUUUAGUAAUACUAGCUGUUUAAAUAACUAGGUAAAUAUUGAUAGAUAAUGUUGUUUUGAAUUCAGACACAUUGGACAACCUUAUUCAACGCUUUAUAAUAAGCUCUGGAAUGCCAUUUGUUAUGAUUGAAAAUCCAAUUUUGAAGGAAAUAAUUUCAAGAGGAUUUCCUAAAAAUAAUCUUAUGUCUCAUGCAACUUUAAUGAAGAGGAUUGAAGUGGACUUUUUAUCAUUAACGGAUAAAUUAAAAUCCAAGCUAUCAACUUUUGUAUCGGUAGCAACAACAGUGGACUGCUGGUCAAUUUAUAAAAAGUUAGUUAUUAACUUAUUUUUUGUAAAGUUAAUUUAAUACUAAUAAUAAUUUAACUUUUAGAUCAUAUAUUGCCAUUAAUGUUUCUUGGUUAGAUGCCAAUUUUACAAGGACUACUUGUCUUUUAGCCAUUAGGAGAAUAGAAGGUAAUCAAAGUUUUGAUGUGCUCGCAAAAGAAAUGGACAAUAUUUACACAGAAUUUGAGAUAUCGCAUAAAAUAACAUAUUCUACAACAGACAAUGGUUUGAAUUUCAUCAACAAUUUUCCGUAUGUUUAAUAAUUUUAAGUUUGUAAACAUUUUUUUAAUUAUCUUAAAUUUUCCUGUUUUUUCCCGGCUUUAUUCAAUUAUUAAGAAAACUAAGUACACAGUAAAUACAAUUUUAGAUUUUCUUACUCACCAACUAGAUCUAUAAUAAAACAAAAAAGGUAUUUUGUCAUUUUUUGAUUGAAGUAGGAUUGCUGAUGAAAACAUGGUUUGUAAAAAUUUUAUUAUAAAAUUGUAUGUACAUUUUUCAAUUUUUAUUUUACAUCUUAUUUAGUUUUUCCCAAUUAUUAUGAAAACUGAUUGAAAAUUAAAAAAAUGAUUUGCUUUCUAACCAUGUAGAUUUAAAAUACAACAAAAAAUAUCUCAUGGUAAAACCAAUAGAUCCCUCGAUACACUCAAAAGCCAAUAUAUAUAUAUGUUAUAUAUUCAAAUGAUUUAAAUUAAACUAUACACAAUUAUUAUGUAUAUGUAUAAUCAGUGAUGUUGAUAGGAAUAAUAACUUUAUUUUUUUUUAAAUUAUGAGCAGAGCAAGGUAUCUAUUUAUUUUACUGUUUUUUUUUUAUCCAAGCAACUUUUUUAACAGAAAGCUUGCAUCAAUAAAAAAAUGAUAAGAGAAAUUAUUUGUUAUAUUGAGGACUUAGUUUAGUUGAUGCCUGAGGGGGUCAUUUUUUAAUUUUCCAAGGGAUUUUUAAAAUGAGUAAAAACGGGAAAAAAUUGUAUAUGAAAAACUGAAAAAUAUUUACGGCUUAUAGCUGUAUUACCGAUUACAUUAUUAUUACAUUAUUUUAAUUUGUAUGCAUUAUGUUUUUACCAGAAAUCUUGUUUCAAUCAAAAAAUUCCAGAGAUCAUUGGUUGUUUUUGAUAUCCAGUUGGUUUAAAUUUCCCUAGCAGUUUUUAUAAAAAAGAAAAAGAAAAGCCAAAACUGAUAAAUAUAUGGCAUUAAAUUUCGCUAUUUUUCUGUUAUUAUUACUAUUUUUCUGACAUCUCAUUUUAAUAUUUUUUUGAUAUAUCUUUAUCUGUCUGUCUGUCUGUCAUGCUGUCUGUAUUAUAAUUUGAGUGUAAGUGACAUUAAUCGUUUUUCUUUUCAUAUUUUAGAAUCCAGUCACUAAAGUUUCUUGAGAUAUUUUGUUUUUCUUCUGAUAUUGAAACUGAAUACUACAGGAAACUUACAAUAAUAUAGUAAUAACGUUUUGGAACAUAAACUACACGAUUAAUCAAUCGCGUUUAAACGAUUAAUGUUAGUAACAAUGAUUUUUGUAUUUAAAAAUAUAAACAAUAAAAUGUCAAAAGUAGUACUUAACUACAAUUUAAAUUGAAAAUUUGAAUUACUUACUGAAUAUAUUUAAAUGUUUCAUUCAUAUCUAUGUACAAUAUAAAUAUUAUUUCUAUACAUUAAAGUUUAAUAUCAAGUAAUCCAAAACUAUAAAAUUAUUUUUUUAUAUUUUUGAAAUUAAAAUAAGUAUUUUGUGCAAUUUGUUAUAGAACUAAUUGCCAUCACGAGUUGGGCAAAAUAAGUGAUGAUUCCAAUUCUGAUAUUGAUUAUUUAAAUGAUUUACAAGAAUCAAAUGAUGAAGUUGAAUUUCAGGCAAUUAACUUGAGUGAUGAGCUGAUGGAUAAUGAUUUGUUAUAUUAUCUACCAAAACAUCAUCGUUGUGCAGUACAUACGCUCAAUUUAGUCGCAACAGUCGUAUGUUAUUUGUUUAUAUUCAACUUGUAUUAUGUUUUAAUUUAAAUAUUUAUUUUAUAGGAUGCAAAAAAUGCUUUGUUAGAUACUAACUACAAGAAGCUAUCCACAAGUACAUUCUCCAAGUGUUCAGCAUUGUGGAGCAAGCAAAGUCUUUCUAAAUCAUAUGCUGACCUAAUAAAGACUUGUUGUGGCAUUAAUCUUAAGAUACCCAAUAGAAAUUGUUUAAAUUCCUUAUUUGAUUCUGUUCAAUGUCUAUUAAAGUGUUUAAAAUCAAAUGAAUACAAAUUUAGCAUUUUAAUGGAGCAACUAAAAGUUACCAAGUGAGAUGAUUUUUUAUAUUAUUACUUAUAAUUUUAAUAAUUUAUGGUUAGUUUGGUACACAAAUAUAUAGCACAAUGUUGAAAUAGUUGAUAUAAAUUAAUACUAAUUUGGUAUGUUACCUGUUAUCCUACUAACUGCUAUUAAUUACAUUUAUUAUUCCAGAUUUAACCAGACUGAUUUAGAAUUUUUAAUACAGUAUGAAAAAGUGAUGACACCAAUAUCUAUUUGUUUAGAUAUUUUAAAAAAUAGUAAAAAUAUGUAUUUUGGUUUUUUAUUACCUACAAUUGAAGAAUUGAUGUUCAAACUUGACUGUAUGUUAGAAGAUAACUUUUUAUCAUCAAUGCAUCCUUUAAUUACUGCUUUGCUUUGUGGUAAUUAUUUUAAAUAUUUUUACAUUUACUUUAUAUAAUUUGUAUGAAAAAACUGCUAGCCUGUAUAUUCUUUCAUUAGUAUUCAGUUUUUCCAACUAAACUACAGAUUUUUAUAUCUAACAAAAAUUGUAUUCUUUAAAUUAUGGUAGACUAUCAUAAGUAAUAUUAUAUAAUUAUUAAUGUUACAAACAAUUUUUUAAUUUUAGGUAUUGAAAAUAGAUUUCAUACAAUUCAAAAAGACACUUUUUUCAUUGUAGCCGCUGUUAGUCAUCCAUUUUUCAAGUCUGCAUGGAUUAAGAAUACUGUUAAACAACAUUAUGCUAUAGAAUGUUUUAAGCGUGCAUGUUCAGAAAUAUCUGAGGAAAACCUAAGCUCUGAUUUUCCUAAUAAUGAUGGAUAUUCUCAAGAUAACGCAAGCUCAUUGAAGUUUUUUACUUGGUCUUCUAAUAGCCAAUGUGAACAAACAAAAUCAAUUGACUGUGAAAUCGACCAAUUUUUAAGUUCCUCUCCCAAUAAAAAAUUAGACAGUCUGAAUAAUCUACCAAUUAUAAAAAGAGUAAGACAAUUUUAUUUUGUUUCGUUGUUAAUAUUUUCUUAAUUGUUCCUUUGUUUUCUAUUUGUAGGUGUUUGUUAAAUAUAAUACUCCUCUGCCCAGUAGUGCAUUCACAUCUGUUGAAAAAGUAUUUAGUAUUGGUGAUGCGACUGUAACAAAAAAAAAAACUAACAUGACUGAUACUCUUUUUGAACAAACAAUGUUUCUGAAGUGCAAUAAUCAUUUAUAUGAUGCUUAAUCUAAAUCAAUGAAUUACUAUUAUUUAAUUAGUCAAUCAGAAAUUUAUUAAAGUAAUGAUGAGUUUAAUCCAGUUUUUAGUAUAGUACUAUAGUUGUUAACUUAUGUAUGAUAAAUAUUUUAUUUUAGUUGAUAUAAUACUUAAAAUAAGUAACCGUUUAUAAAUUUAAAAUUAUUUGGCAAAUAAAUUAUUAUAAAAAUAAAUUUAUUAU